CCGCAGCGGCCGAAGAUGGAGCCUGCCGGGAUGGAUUAUUUCUGCGACCAGGUGCAGCAGAAGGACGUGGGCCGCAGGAUGCAGGUCGGCCAGGAGCUGCUGGAAUACCUGAGCGACCCGGCGAGGUCCUCCGACCUGGAGCAGGACCAGCAGCGCCUUGACAAAGUGAUCGACGAAUUAACAGGAUGGGUCAACUCUAGUAAUUUCAAGGUAGCAUUGCUGGGAUUAGAUGUUUUAGGUGCCUUUGUUGACAGACUAUCGGGACGCUUUAAACCCUAUAUAGGAACUGUUCUCCUGCCUUUGAUAGAUCGCAUGGGAGAUGCCAAAGACCAAGUUCGAGAGCAAGCACAGAACCUUAUAUUGAAAUUGAUGGAUGAAGCAGCACCGCCCAUG